AUAGCGAAGAUUCAAGUCGUCAUCCCUAACGCCCCACCGCCAUCGCGCCGUCCUUCCGCGCGCCGCUGCGCCCGUCAACAUCAAUCGCCCGCCCACGUCGCCAUACCCACCUAUCGCCAGUCGCCAUGUCGCUGGCGCUCUCCAGGGCGCGUCGUUCGUUGACGCCGCAUCGCCUCUUCGCCUCGCUCGGCCUUCCCGCCGCGUCUCCGUCGUGCGAAGAGGGAGCACCGCUAUCGAGGGAGCUUGGCUCGCGGCCGGAAUUAGAUCGGCGCCCCCAUGCCCAUGCCGCCGCGCAACGCGCCGUUGGCAGCGCCGGCGGCGCGUGCGAAGCAGCUGGUCCCGCGGGACCUUGGCCGCAGCAGGGGGCGACGAACGCGGCGUGUCGAGACGGCGCGCGCGCGGAGGCCGCCGCGGCGAACACGGCGCCUGCGACGCGCGGCGGAGCGAUUUGUCGGGCUGCGCCGGGAUCCGAGCAGCGGGGGAGGCGGGCCAGAGCGGCAGCGAGGGCCGCGGAGCAGCUGUGGCGCGCAAGGCACAGGCGCGGGUUGCCCAGUGGCAUGGCGAUGGCAGUGGCGCAUCCUGACACGCCGAGUGGGCCGCGUCGUCGCAUGCUGUCGCUCUCCGCUGCUCGCCCUACACUCGCCCUCUCCGCCGCUGCUGCUAUGGACAGUGCUGGCAGCAGCAGUGGUGGUGGUGGCGGUGGUGGUGGUGGGGGCGGCAUGGAGAUAUUCAAUCGACGGCUGAAAGCCAUGCAGCGCGACAGAGCAGCAGCUGACAUGGCCUCGCCGCCUAACGAGGCGCCACGUGGCGACCCCCUAGUGGAGCAAGUGGCGUCGGUCCUCCUUGACCGCCUGGCAGACUGCAGUCGCUCCUUCUCCUCCCUGCUGCUGCUGGGCGCCGCUGCCCUGCCCUCCGUGCUCACCAUGCUGCUGCACACCCACCCUGGCAUCCAGCGAUUGGUGGUGAUGGACAUCUCUCCCGCAGCCCUUGCUCUGGCGCGCUCUCACCUCCCCCCCCACGCCGUGUGCUGCAACGACAGCAUCAGCUCCAGGGGGGCCGAGUGGAGCCCAACGGACAGUGCAGAGGCAGCGUCAGCAGCAGCAUUGCCAUCAACAGCAUUGGCAGCAGCAACGCGGAGGGUGGAGGUGGCGUUCGUGCUGGCAGACGAGGAGCACCUGCCCUUCGCACGCAGCUCCUUCGAUGCGGUCAUCGCCUGUCUGGGCUUGCACUGGGUCAACGACCUGCCGGGCGCCAUGACGCAACUCAGGACGGCCCUGAAGCCCGAUGGUCUCUUCCUCGCUGCCAUGCUGGGCGGCGACACUCUCAGGGAGUUGCGCAUCGCAUGCACAUUGGCGCACAUGGAGAGGCAGGGCGGCGUGGCGGCUAGAGUGGCACCCAUGGCCCAGGUGCGGGAUGCUGGCAAUCUGCUCACCAGAGCUGGCUUCGCUCUGCCCACCGUUGAUGUCGAUGACUUCCCCGUCGCCUACCCCUCAGCCAUUCAAGUGGUGCAGCACCUUCGGUCCCUGGGCGAGACAGACUGCACGCUACACCACGGCGCUCCCUUGCCCCGGGACACAGCCCUGGCAGCAGCAGCCAUCUACUCGCACAUGUUUCCCUGCCGCCCUCCCUCCUCCUCAAAAGCCGAUUCGCCUCCAGAUCUGGCGCCUGUAGCAGUGCCGAGAGCUGAGGAAGAGAAGAGAGACGAUGAAAUUGGUGUGCUCGCAACGUUCCAGGUGAUCUUCAUGGCGGGGUGGUCGCCCCACGAGUCGCAGCAGAGGGCGCGGCCGCGCGGCUCCGCCACGGUGUCGCUGCACGAACUGCAGCGCACCGUGGCCGCCACGCACUGACAGCGCUGUGACUAUUGAUGCUGCCCCCUGUGUGACUUGAGCACAUCAUGCCCCGCACACGGUGACAGUGCCACGAGCAGCAUGCAAUGACUGUGCUGUGGUGUGGUGUGGACCCUGGCCCCACUGUCGCCUCUCGCAGUGCAGCACUCGGGCACACACUGCUGCGCUCAUUGGGGCUUGCUCAACUCAAGCACCAGGGGUGUCCCAGCCACGCCUGUCGUUAUCAGGGUAUUUUACCCUGAUUCCCUGAUUUCACAGGGUUUUUUUUUUGCCAACCCUUAAUUUUCAGGGUUGGGCGUUUUUGAACCCUAACCUCUUCAGGGUUGUAUGUCUGUGAACAUUUAGGAUUUCAGGGUUUGCGUUAUCACAAAACUGAGUUUUCAGGGAGUAACGCGUACGAACCCUGAAUGCGACAUCCAUGCGGGCCAUGAGUUUCGGCGAAAUGGCCCCCUUACGCGUGACGGGUCCUAGGCCCAUGAAUACGACCAGCAGGCGUCACGUGGAGAAUCUGCACUUGGCAACUUUCCUGCCCUGUACACGCUGUAUGUUGCCAUUUCAGCAACAUUUCCAACCGUUAAGUGUGGGAUGGUGCACUCCGUCAUGCCCCAGCCUGGCAUUUGUGACUCAGCACGCAGCAGACGAGGACAGAAUAUGCUGAGCGCUGCAAUGUCAGCCUCUGUAUGACAUCACAGAGCCAAUCACCUCUAUGCAUACGAUGCCAGCGCAGGUGCGUCUCGCCAUUGACGGUGUCGCCAUGGCGAUGCGGGAUCCUGGAUGCGUUAUGCACCGUCCAUGAAAAGCGAAAUCUGGGGUUUCUUGGUCCCCUUCCCAUCUUCUUCACCAGUCUCUCCUCCAACCCAAUUUCCUCCUUUUCUUCACAUCGCAGAUGUGAGAUGCUCCAUUCUUCUUUCUCGUCCACUUUCGUCGCGCCAAUUUCUCGUUUCGAUCAAAUCCGCCGCUACUAGCCAUGGUGGAUGUAUGAGAGUCUGGUAGGGACCCCCCCGUGGAGGUCCGUAGAUCCGCUCUAGAUAUCUUGCGGUCUCCCACCGCAGUCGCAACACCAUCAGAACCCGUAUCUACUCCCGCUCCCUAUGUACCUCCGCCCGCUGUCGCUUCAUCUAGCCGGGGCCCUUGGGUUCCAAACCGCGAGACAGCCACGACCGUGCGUUACACGGUCGAGUGUGCUUCCACGAUUUCAUCUGGGAAAAGGGCACGCAUUGGGAAGUACACCCAGAGCACGAUAGUCCUCGGCAGGAAGCUACGUCGACCGUCGCCGCCUCGCACGUCGCUUGAACCACAGGCCCCUGCUAUUCCAGAACCCGAGCCGCCGAAGCUCUCGAAGAAAGAACUCAUCGAGCAGAAGUAUCUCAUGGCUGAGCACAAGUAUAAGACCGGCUGGCUUCCAAUUUUCCCUUGGCUUCUGUUAACGAAAACGAAUGACGGUUACCCUGCGUUGAAGUGUAGUGUGUGCAAGGCUUUCGGCAAAGAGACAACACCGUACUCCAACAGCCGCGACGGGGCACAUGACCUGCACACGCAAGCGAUGCGGUUCCACGAACACACGUCAGCCCACGAAGCAGCAGUAAAGCGUCAGAUGGAGAUCGCCGAAGACAUCGCCAGCACCCAGAGGCGCAAGGAGAAUUACGCGCGGACUGACAUCGAGGGGAGGCGCGUCAUGAAGCUCCUAUGUUGCGAAGACUUCCUGUGCAAGUGUGAUGCACCCAUCAGCAUGUACCCGAGGCUACUCCUCUUCCGCGUGUCGAAGUGGCCCCGGAUGAAGCAGCAGAGAGAGAAGAAGCUGAAGGAGUACCUACAUGGCUGCAGUGCCUUUUUUGACAACAGGCUGCCAAGCUUUGCCUUGCAAGCUGCGCAAAAGGAGCUGGUUACGUGGGCGCCACUGAUGCUGAGCCACCAUGCCGACGAGGGAUUCCAUCAAGGCCUGACGAACUACCUGGGCUUGACGGAGUCGACCUUGCGCUGGCCCAACCUGAUGUGUUAUGGAACAUGCAACCCUGAAACCUCCGACUCAUACCCUAAUCCCCCGUAUAAAGCACCCUAUGGUGUUAAUAAAAAUGCUGCAAUUUU